AUAACGGGUUAACUGCGCAGUCCAAACACUACAGGCCCACAGCACAUUUCCUUACAGACUGCAUGUGACUGACAUGUGUUCUUCUCUGAUAUACUCUUUAAUCUGAACGUGCUUGUACACUUGGACAUUACAAUGGAAAGGCCAAUACUAGUUCACAACUUUUCCAGAAAUCAGUUUUCGGUACCUCCCAAAAAUUGCCGUCCGAUGUCUGCGUUUCCAAACUCCUGGAAUGUUAUUAAGACUGACCUUCAACAAGACCACAACAAUGUGUUAUAUGAACUGAUGUUUAAACAUGGUCGACAGUUGGAACAGUUUCCAUUUUCCUUUCCACGUCCUCCACGACUGCAGGUUGGCCACGAAACAUCAAAGCUUGGAAAUGCAUGGCGUUGUGAAAAUAAAGCUUUUAGACAAAUGCAUUGUACGUCGGCCAGGACCCCACGCAGACGUCUGUUCAACACACCUAGCACCAUUGAACAGAGUGCUGACCCGUCGUCAUCUCGCCAAUUGGCACACAGGGAGCGGAUAAAGAGGGCGAGAUCAGCCCCACCUAUGAGGUUUUACCACACGGUAUCAUCAGAAUCCGUCCAGGCAAUCAGAUAUUGAAAACUCUCUGGAAUGUCGCUGAAGUGACGUGAACAGGGUGAAGAGCCCCUCAGUGUACAAGGCAAGCCGAGUCCGUGGAUGUACUGGUCGUUUAUAUGGACAUAUUUGAUAUCAUCGUCAAAUGGCUGAGUUACAGUAUUUAAUACUGAGAUAUAUAUGAAGCAUGUGAAGCUCGUGAACAAUGGGGUGAUAUAGAACAUACACUUGGAAGUAUGGAUUAAUGCUACAUGUAUAAUAUAGGCAGCGAUCGUGUCGAAAGUUCAUUGAUUGACGAAUUUAAGACACGUAUUUUGUGCAUUUUACUGUACAUCAUUUCCUGUGUAGAAAUGUGAAGAUAUGCCUUAUUAGUAGUGAUGGUAAGUCUUGGAGAAAAUAUCAUAUUCUAUUACAUACAUAAAUGAAACUGAAAUUUGUGGCAAAACAUAUUCUUCCAGGGCCAGUGAUUUUAAAUGGCAGGCACUUGGCGCAGAAACGGAAAAUCUUGCCUAAUUACAUUAUUUUGUAAAUGUUGUCAAGUGUCUUUAAAAGCAGAAAGAGUUCAAUUUUCGCUGCCUAUCAUGACUCUUACAACGCAAAGACAUAGGAAGCCAAAGAGCUGACAGCUUUAUAGAAUCUCGGCAACCAGAGAGGCAACAUUAUCUAUCAUGUUAUGAACAGUGGUUCGCACUUUAAAGCUGGUCACGUGUCUGUUCUGGAAAUAAAGCCGA